GAAGCGAAUCAUCCCAACUAGCAUCAAUAAUCCAUGGUUAAGUUCUUCCAUACUAGCUGAAAGGUUUAAAUGGAACACAACUUGGACGCUAGGGUUUUUGCUCCACGGCUUGGCUUGGCUUGCCAGUUUUGUUCUGUCGUCGCCAAUUGCUACUUCUGCUUUAACUGCAACUUGCCAAUUUUAAUCUCCAAAAGAUGCAGAACGAAGAGGGUCAAGUCACUGAGCUUUACAUUCCAAGAAAAUGCUACUAACAGGUUGAUCACAUCAAAGGAUCAUGCUUCUGUGCAGCUCAACAUUGGUCAUCUCGAUGCUGAUGGAAUCUACACUGGUCAAUUCUCUACCUUUGCUCUCUGUGGUUUUGUCCGUGCUUAGGUUUGUAAAGUCAGCUUCUUGAUCAUUAAUCUUAUUAUGUACAGAAACUUGUCUAACUUUAAAAUUGGUUCUGGAUCAUUGUGUUUGAGCAGAACUGAUCAUGUAAUGUUUUUUUGUUUCUACUUGACAUUGUUAGCACUUUCUUGAAACGAUGUAGGGUGAUGCUGACAGUGGAGUAGACAAGCUAUGGCAGAAGAAGAAGGUUGAAGCCAAACAACAGUAAGACCUUAGAAGCUUGUUUUCUGGUUUCUAGGUUUUUUUGGAAAUCUAGAUGUGAACUUGUAUCUGGUUUUUUAUAUUUCUUGUUCCUGCAAAGAUAAAUUUGGUUUGAAAGAUGAUGGAAUGAAAUGUUUGGUUCUUGUUAA